AAAUAAAUUUUUACACCCACAAUUUUUUUUUUUUAACAUAAAUGUACUAUUAUUGUCGUAAAAAUAAUAAUCUAUUGUAAAAAAAAAAAAAAACAAUAGCAAGUGAAAUAAUGAAUUUAAUAAAUUAAUAACUAUUGUAAUUAGAUGAUUAAUAAUUAAUUAUAAUAAUAAUUAAUAAUGGCACCUCCACCAGUAAUAACGGGGAUUUCUCCAAAAGAAGGUCCACCAGGUACUCGAGUUACGUUGAGAGGUGAAUUUCUGGGUACUAAAGCACAAGAUCUUAUUGGUUUGACAAUUUGUGGAUGUGAUUGUUUAUUAUCAGCAGAAUGGAAAUCUCAAAAUAAAAUAAUUGCUAGAUCAGGACCAUGUAAAGGACGUGGUGAUAUAAUAGUUACAACACGUAGUGGUGGACAAGGAACAUCAACAGUACAAUUUCGUGGUUAUCAUGAAACGAUAGGGCCGAUGAAAGAAUCAGCGGUUUGGGUUGAAGAAGCACCAGUUCAAAAUUAUGUCUGGGGUAGACGUGCACUGUCGCCGACAAAUUAUCAGCAAGAAGAUCCACUUGGUUUGAGUGUCGAGGGUAAUGACAGCAAGAAGUUCCCGGAAGAUGAACUCGUCGAAUUAUUUGGUGACAGUAAUGGUGAAUUAACCAGCGAUAAAUUUCAUCCCGGUUGGUUUUUACUCCAGCAUCAUCAUGCGACGACGCUGGAUGAUCUUAAAGCCGGGCUGGCUUACCUGAGACGGAAAGUUAAUUCACAAAAAGAAGGACAGUUGUCAUUUUUGAAGGCAAAUGUCGGUGCUGUAAUGGAACAACUUGAAACAAUUGUUUUGUUAAAAGAACAGUUCGAGUUGGAUGUCAAAAAAUUCGGUGACAAUCCAACGGGUAAACUCGAAGAGGCAAUUCGGACAUCGAUGGCUGAAGCUAACAAAUUAUUUGAUGAUGUCCUAGCGCGGAGAGAUCGUGCAGAUGCUACUAGAAGUGCGCUGUCAAUAAUGCAACGUUACAAAUUUUUAUUUUGUAUGCCAAUAAAUAUCGAAAAAAAUAUAAAACGCGGUAAUUAUGAUCUUAUUAUAAAUGAUUACGCGCGUGUUAAAAAUUUGUUUGGUAAUACAGAUGUUGAAGUAUUUAAAAAAGUUUUUGUUGAGAUUGAAAAUAAAAUUCAAAUGCUGAGAGAUAUUUUGCGUAAGAAAUUAGAGGAGACGCCAUUUGACGUUGAAACUCAGAAAAAAAUAAUAAGAAAUCUAGUUAAUUUAGAAGCCGAGGGCGAUCCAGCCUGGGACGCAAUUGCUGCUCACGGUUCUUAUUUAGACAAAAAUAUAAUUAAUUGUCUCAAUGAUUAUUUUGGUUCUGAAAGUGCGUCCGGUGAUGACGCCGGUAAUAAAACAAGUAAAUCAAAUAACGUAACUCCCAUAGCAGAUCGUCAUAAAUUGUAUCGCAUGGAUGCCAAUGCCAAUGUACCAGCUCGUGUGCUCUGCAUUGAAGCCAUUUGUGAUGUCGUUACUGAACAGCUUCCAGAUCUUUGGAGACUAGGACAGAGUUAUUUUUCAGGCCAACUACACGUUGCCGUCGAUACUGAAAAACAAGGUGCCUUUAAAAAUUUAGUAUUGUCGUGUAUUCAACGUGCCAGUGAAGCACUGAGAGAAUGCUGCGGCUCCAACAUGACACCAGCCUGGUUAUUACACAGCCUACGUGUUAUCAGACAAAUGUACACAGCUUUAAUUCACCUAGAUUUACCAAGCGACGCGCUGGAUAUUUUUGGUAAAUUUUUAUUUGAUCUAAGACUUCAGUGCUUGAUAUCAUUAUUCAAACAAACCGCUGAAAAUAUCAGCGGGUUACAAAAAAAAGAAACAUGGCAGUUGGAGUACCUGCAAAAUUUAGACGGUGGUAUCACUAAAUUACCGGGUCUGUUUGAAGAAAUGGUUAUGGAAGUAGCAGAACUAGCACGUGAGACAGCAAUCGCUUGUGGGUUACGCGAAGCUCCAUUGCUAGAGUCACCGUCAUCGAAGGCUUUGUAUCACAAUGCCGUGAGAAGUCUUUUUAUUGCUUUUGCUAAAUGUUUGAAACAAUUGGCAUUCAGUGGUAGUGAAGAAGCCGGCGAUGAAGAUGAUCCAUCAGUAUCACAAUUAAUUAGUUCACCAGCUUGUUACCGAGUACGCGACAACAAACAUCGAGUAGCAGCAGCAACACCUACGUGGGAAAAAUGUCUUCUUAUAUCUUUAAGUAACAUUCGUUACACGUUAAAUAUUAUUUUACCAAGAGUUGUCAAUGCAUUAAAAGCGCGUGGUUAUCCAGACGUGUCAUUGGCUGAGGGAUGGACAGAUGACUGGACUCACCUUGAGUCCUUGGACACUGCCGUGCUCGAGGCUUAUCUUGAGCGACGUUGUGAUCCUCUUGUUGGUACCAUUGAACCCAGUAUGUAUUUAGGCGGCUUAGAAUGGGAUUCAGCGAUAGAACCCACACAUGUACGUCCUUAUGCUCAGGAAAUAAUAGCGAAUCUCAUAGCUGUCCAUGCUGAAGUAACUCGAGUCUCUCCUUGUUUAAUCAAACGCGUUUUGUCGCAUAUCGUUGAAACUAUCGCUGAAGAAUUAGCGCGACUUAUGUCAUGUGUCAGAAAAUUUGGACCCAAGGGAAUUAUUCAGGCACGUACGGAUAUUCAAUUGCUGAGAGAUACUUUGGAUAUUUAUUGUACUACACGAGCUAGGAAUUUUUUUGAAGAAGCAUUGGAUGCUAUUCCCUUGCCAAUUAAUCCUGAAGUUGACGGUGCUAAAGUAGAAACACUUUUAAAUAAAAUUACAUCAUCAAUGCAACUUCAAAUUCGUUGUUUAGCUGAAAGACCUAAAUCACCGGAUAUUCCACGUGAUGAUUCCAAUCGAAUUACUACUGUUAUGUAA